AUGCAGUUGGAUAAUGCUGACGAAGCUCCCCCUGAUGUAGUUCUACCGGACGUCCAGCCAAGAGAUGGUAUGAAGGAGAAGGUGGAGGCUUAUCUUGUAUGGUCAGACGAGAACUACUCCAUGUACCAGGAUGAUGUGCGGAAGCUUGUGAACAUGGCAAGGUUCCUGUGCGAAGUAUGGACAGCGAAGUGGUCGAGACGGGUGGCAGAAAUGAUCGCGUCGUAUAGGAAGCAGUGGGAUGAUGACUGCAGCACUAUCACCCCGCUUUCGAAGCUCUUCCUCGUAGAGUGGGACACGGCCUUGCCUCGCUCACAAGGAGUAUGCUUUAGUGACGUCUACCUCAACGCGAAGUGGCAGGUGUCCACGAAAAGUCCGGCAAAUGACUGUUACCUUCGCAUUGGCUAUCCGUACUUCUACGAGAAGACACUGCAAAAUCACCCAGGCAUCUCGAUUCAGGAGUUUCGCAAUGUACUCCGAACAUUCCUGGAGUCUGUCUAUUUUGACAACGAGCACGCUCUGCAGCUUAAGCUAUGCUUCAUGAAAGCAGCCUUUGCACAAGUCUGCACGUCCAGGAUUCUCUUCUUGGUGGGGAAAGGCGGCAGCGGCAAGGGAAUGGACGCCAUCCUGGAUAAGGCCUUGUUUGGCAGCGAAGCAAGCUCAACCUUGGACUGUGGAGUGUUUCUAGACCGUUCAGAAUUCCGGAAGUCUGCAGGGUUGUCCUGGAACAAGGCGAACAUUCGAAUCCAGGAGAUGGACGAAAAGUCACGCUUCAUAGCCGACAUAUGGAAGCGCUUCGUAGUCAAUGAAGAGCUCGACCUGCGAGUGAACUAUGGCUUUACAGUGAAGCGAACCUUCGGCGCUAGCAUGAAAGUGCAGGAACUCAACUAUGAGAACAUACCGACAAUUGAGGAAAGUGGCGAUCGUCGCCGUUCCUGUGAGCAAUUGAAGCGUCGCGUCGUGUGUGUUCGUCUGGGGAAAGCACUUUCACCACAGAUGAGAAAUGUGUUGAUCACACAAAGGGAAAACAGCAUGAAUGAGUGCUUGGCGAUGAUCCAGGACCUUGGUUCUGUCCACACCGACCUCGUUACCGAUACGGACUGGCUCGCUACAUGUCUUUCGGGCAAUGCCUGUUUGCCGCCCGGAUCCGGGGAUGUCAAGGUGGACGAAGCGAAUGACUUGGUGAAGAUAGCUCAUUCCAAUACACCAGCUAAGCGCCUUGUCAAGCAGUAUCUCAUCAUGAAGAUACAAGAUCUGCCGGGUGCCGCUUCAUCGAGUAAGGGCCGUCGCACAAAGAUGUCCACACUGGUUGAGGCCGUCGACUAUGCGUCCCUUAGACUCCUGCGGCAGCUGGACUCGGGUUGCUUCGAGAAGCUCUUGGUGGAUUGGAACUUGCUCACGCAAUGCAUGGAAAGGUACGGGGGGGCGACCGUAUUCGGCACGUUCAAUGAUUGGGGGUGUCCUUUCGAUCUUCUGCACAUUCAAGAGAAAUGGGUACUGAUCGCCGACAAGAUCUUCUCCGAGUAUAUAUUCAGCGCCAUGAACGUGAUGGCGACCGUGUCGAGUCCCGCAGGACAAAAAUUGACGCGGGAAGCCAGAGACGCAGCUUUUGGAUCAUUCUGUGCCGAAGUGGAUGUAGCUUGCUGCCAUCCACGUCUCUUGGUGGCAAGACUGCAGAAGUGCGGCUUCUGGGAUCCUCGCAAGUUUGUCAUGCUCAGUCUGUUCACGGAGAACUAUCGGGCCUGGCGGAAGUGCCUUGCGGACUACACUCAGGAGACCAUGGACUUCGGCAAGAAAGAAUUGAUCCGCGUCUUCUACGGCGGCCGACCCUCCGUGGAAGCACCGUUCCUUCUGAAACUCUGCGACGAGGUUCAGAGGGCUGCAGACUUACUUCUCGGUCACGGUUCUGCCAAGACGUGGUCGACGCUAUAUGCAGACAGACGAAACCCAGAAUUCAGCAGAUUGUCCGCUAUGCUGUCUUUCGAUGAGGCCGAGCUCUUGGAAAAAAUCAUUGCGCCGUUCGGAAAUCGCGUAAAUGUUCUCAUCUUCGAUGGAGCGUACAUUCGAUGUGAUGGCUUCUACCAUGAGCUUGAAAUUGCCAAGAUGUGUGAGACCGUUUCUGAUGAUUUGCACGAGGUGGAGAUCAAGUCCUGGCCGCGGAACUCAGUAAACAUGGGCUUCACUCGAUUACUAUUGCGCAAAGGUGCUGUACCCGAAUCCGGCGACCGUGCUCUUCUACAUGGAAACUGCUUGGUGCACGCCAUGCUUGCUUUGUUCGAUGACCUGGAUCCAUGUUUCUUCGACAAGCUCGUUGUAGAUGAAACUGGACUUUCAGCAGCAAGGCUCAAUGAUUACAUGCGUGACAAUGCAUCCGACGGCAUAGCCAGUGGCAUGACACUCGUAAGCAAGCAAACCAUGGAUGCACAAGAGUCUGGAAUGAGCAAGUGGAUGUGCUUGGAGUUGAUCGGAGACGAAGAAUAUCACUGGUGGGGCGUUCUCUUCCCAGAGACCGGUGGCGUUCUGAUUGCGGAUAGCCGCACAGGAGGCUGCAUGCUCUGGGCGUCCAUUCAGACUUUCAUGGAAGGUGUCGACACGGCGACAAAUCUAUAUUACUUCCAGGUGCUGCACAUUGACACAUCCACUGAGCUUCCCAACGGUGCCGAGUACCACUUGUCUGGAAAAGGACCAGCCAACGCAAGAUCGAAGGACGCCUCAGCCAGCAGAAAGCAGAUCACGACAUCUCUCACAGAAUGUUGUGAUUGUGGAGCUCCAUUGGCUCGUCGGGACGAGGUCACUGGUCGUCUUUACACGCUAGAAGGCCUUCAACCCGUGGUUACCACGUCGAAGAGAUGCUCGUCCAAGUCCUGUCGAACGACGCACCACUACAACUUCCGCACAGUGGAGGGUCACAAGUUCCACACCAUGCCGCUGGAGGACAUGGAGUAUGUCUUCGUUAACAGCAAGGCUGAGACUCUGUGGGACGAUGCGGACCAACAUCACAGAUGGGACCAGGAGUACUGUGCUGUACAACUGUACUACGCAGUACUACAGGAAGGUUCUGAGAUGUGGGCCGUAGAAGGCAAAGCUGCCUGCCAGAAGAAGCUGUGUAACAUCGACAUAGUGAACCCCCUGUCGAACGGCUUUCUGGAAACGUACAGGAAAUGGUGGCAUGACAACCAGCUCAACAAAAGAGAAUGGCGACUGGUGAAGGAGGUUGUUAUGGAUGGGCACCAGAAGGUGGCUGCCAAAUGCUCCGGGACGCCUCCAGCACAUGCAGGCAGACCACGGAAGGAUGGAAAGACUCCUCUUCGACAGAACGGCUGGUUUAUGGCAGUAGAUCCUUCGACCGGACUCGUCCUGUCCGUGUCUGCCAUGCAAGACCCGGAAAAUAAUGAGACAGCCACCAACGUGCUCCUCGACGUGGUCUCGCGAGGCUCCGAGAUCGAUUGCGUGAUAUACGAUAGAAUGUGCGCCUGCUUGAAGCAUGCUACGGCCCAAAAGCCACUAAAGCAAAUCAAGUACUGGUGCAUUGAUCGUUUCCACGCCAGGGCCCACUCUCCGAAGUGCGAAUGUUCGCCUCUGCAGCAUCGGCGCCUGGAUCUACGUCUUCGCAAUGUCAACUCGUCCAUUGCCGAGCAAACCUUCUCUUGGUUCCGCAACUACGCCUCUUCCUUCAACACCAAGGCCACGAACUCGCACAUGUUCUUUGUCUUGGUCUACGUCAAGAAGCAUAACCUUCUCAUGCGACGCAACUACAUGAAGCACUUGAACGCCUUCAGCGCGAAGGCCAAAAUCGCACGGGCUGCUCGCGUACUGCGAAAGCCCACUUCCCACAAGUAUGUCUGUCGUCGCCCCGCCUCGUCUACGUCGUCCUCUGCCAAGAAGAAUAAGUCCCGCUCCGUCAGGAAAAUCCAUCUGAAGUCCAAGGCCAUGAAGAAGUAG